AUGCUUGCCAAUAAGGAAAACGUUUUGAUUCAUGGACCAUCGCACGGGGCGGGCAAAAUCAACCCCAAAACGCCCGGUCCCUCCAAGUUAAACCCAAAGACUCCAUACAAAGUCUCAUUGAAUGAUGAGGGCGGAAAGAGUAAUCUUUUCGCUGGGAGAGACCCCUCUAUGUUCAUUACGCCCGCUGCUCCACGGCGAGCUGCCCUUACAGGGAAAACCACCAACGCAAAGGCGAGACGUCCUCCAUCUGAAGGAGAGGAAGGACAGAAGUCUUUUCAAAAACCUAGUCGCCUUAUCCGUACGCGUCUUUCGCUUACGACUGAGGUUGUUCCCAUCGCCAAUGAGGAAGGAGAAUAUCCGGAGAUUGAAUAUAUGCCCCCACGUGAAACGGAUCUUCCCGACAUUCCUGACGACUUUGAGAUCCCAAACUAUGAGAAACUUAGCAAGCACCUCUAUACCAACUGCCACCGCCAAUUUCUUCUGGAUAUCGAUGAAUCUGGAAAAUCUAAGAUUGACCGUCAACUCGAAGAAUCUGAACGUCAGAUUUCGGCUCUUCUUGACGCAGAAACUGAUCAAUUGCUAUCUGAAGUAAGGCCAAAAAGAGCACCAGUCAAGAAGGAUACUGUGCAGAGAUCAGCAUCAACUGCUUCCAGGUUGAAACAUAAACGUUCUACCAGCAAUCUUGCAGACAGACCAAUCGUAAGCAGAAAGCGUAGUGGAGAAAUGGCAAGACCCAACUCUUCUAUGAGUAAUGGGUCUAUUAACUCCCAUCCUUCUACCGCUGCAUCAAUUAGAGCGGCUACAGCACUCUCCCAGCGUCCACCUUCCUCUACGUCUCAACGACCCCCGUCUAGGACACAUUCAAGAGCAGUUUCUGGGUCACUCACCAACCGCUCCUCUGAUGAGACACUCCGGCCUAGCUCUCGCACCAUAAUCCGGCCUAGUUCCCGUUCUACUAUUCGCCCUGCGUCUCGUCCUAAUAGUCGCAUGGCUGUGGCCAACUCUAAGACCACGAUUGGGUACACUACAGGCAAGGAAGUCGCCAAAAGUGUCAAGAGAGCCCUUGAAUUGCCCAAAAGGGAGACCGCACUCGAGGUCUGUGAAAGAAUUCUGAGAGAGGAUGAUGAGAGACAGACUCCAGCCAUUAUGUUGUUUAACAACGAGGACGAUGAUGGAGUUGAUGACCUCCUCAAGUCGCUCCCGUCUCUUGCGGAGGUUUUCGAAGAGGAGGAGGAGGAGUUUUAUCUUACCCUUCCUGAUGUGGAGUAG